GGGAAAAAACUUAAAACUAGAACAAAAUCCCUCGCCGGUUGCUCCGCCGCGAACCAAAUGGAUACCGCCUCAUCGUGACCUUGAUUUGUCAGUUUGAUACAAAUAUGGGAACUCCAAGUUUUCUCUGGAAUGUCUGUAAAUCAUCCUUCGCAUGUGGGUUGAUAGGUCUCACCAUAUCAGAUCGUAUUGCUAGUAUUGUCCCUGUACAGGGUUUCUCUAUGUCACCGACUUUCAACCCUUACAAUAGCAGGCCUUUGGGAUUGUUUACUGUUAAUGGGUCAUCUGCAGAUGAUCAUGUCUUGGUGGAGAAACAUUGCCUGAAGGACUACAAGUUCUCACAUGGUGAUGUCGUAGUUUUCUGCUCUCCAAGUAGUUACAAGGAGAAACACAUAAAACGUAUAACUGCCAUGCCAGGUGAUUGGAUCAGUGUUCCAUACUCGUAUGAUGCUGUGAAGAUUCCUGAAGGACAUUGUUGGGUUGAAGGAGACAAUCCGACCAAUAGCUUGGACUCCAGAUCCUUUGGCCCGAUUCCAUUGGGGUUAAUUCGUGGAAGAGUUACACACAUUCUGUGGCCCCCUCAAAGAGUUGGGAAAAUCGAUAGAAAGCUUCCUGGAGGUGGACUUGGCUUCUAAGGUGAGUGAGUAUUCUGUCGCAUUUUGCUCAUUCUUUUUCUCUAUGACGACGUCUGAAUUCAUACAUGGAGGAUCAGGGUCUCGUUCUUUGCCUCGGUUGUUAGAUAAUGGAUUUAAAAUCAAUUUCAUGUUCGUAUUAUUAGCCCUUGAUUUUGAUUUGAUGCUUUCUAAAACCAAAUUGAAUUAAAAUAAAGCAUGUUUUGUUAA